CUUUUUAAUUAACCCAACAAGUUGUCAGCAUAAGUAUAAAAACAAUAGACAUCUCACAAGUGUUACUAAAAGUUUUAUUUUUAAAUAUAAAUUAAAUUUUAUUUAUUUACAUAAUAAAAUAUUCAAAGUGUAGAACAAGUUAAAUUAAUUCUUGUUCAACGUUCGCAAAAAAAAAGUUACAAAUUCUUUAAGAGUUCCAAAAGCAACAUCAGCAUCAGAUAGCAAGUGGAUGGGUAGAGAAAGAAGAUGGCUGAAGUUCCUUAGAUAACGCCAACAAAAAACGGAGGAACGAUCAAAUGGAAAUCUGGAGAGUAUUUGGGUUAUCUUGAGGAUGCACUGGUCGGUAUUCCUUGCAUUGCUGGCCUUUGGGUUAGCUGAGAGCUCCAAUGAGUGCCCUAGCCAGUGUGCCUGCUUAGAUGCAUAUGUUGACUGUGGUCGGAGAGGCUUCCUGGAGGCACCUGAAAUGCCUUCAUGGAUGGAAACUCUGGAACUUUCGGGUAAUCGUCUUGGGGAGAAUGCAGCUAAGCUCAUUGGGAAUGCCACGGAAUUGCGUGAGCUCAAACUCAAUAAGAAUCGCCUACGACGCAUCCCCCAUUUCACUGGACUUACCCACUUAACGGCCCUGUCUGUGAGUCACAAUCGGAUUGAGGUGCUAGAAGUUGAGGCCCUGGAGAAGCUCCCGAAGUUGCAGCAUCUCGAUAUUAGUCGAAAUUUGCUCACUGUCCUUCCAAAAAAUAUCUUUCCACCGAAUUGUAGGAUUAGAAGUCUCAAUUUGAACUACAAUGUUAUUGAGAAGAUUCACGGGCAUGCCCUUGAUAAUCUCAGGCAUCUAACGGAAAUUAAGAUGAAUGGGAAUAAGCUAACGAGCAUUGAGUAUGAGACAUUUGCAAAUUUAGCCAGUCUUCGACGGUUGCAAAUGGCUGAUAAUCAACUGGAAACAAUACCAGGAUUAACUUUUCGCAAUCAAGCGCACCUGCGGCAUCUUCGACUGCGGAAUAAUCGUAUUCAUACCCUCAAUGAUGGAGCCUUCCAUGGGUGUGUGAAUUUGGAGACAUUGGAACUCGAUGGGAAUGGUAUUAGUGUAAUUUCCAAAGGAUGGCUCUUCAAUCUAACAAGCCUAACGCAGCUAUCGUUGUCGGGAAAUCGAAUUUCUGACAUUAAAUUCGAUGCAUGGGAAUUUGUGGGGCAUCUGGAGAAUUUAGAAUUGUCUGGAAAUCGCCUAAUUGGCCUAACAAUGAACACCCUCGGGGGACUUUCGGACCUCAAGACAUUAGGGUUGCGUGAUAAUAAACUUUCAAGCAUUGAAGAGGGUGCCUUUGAAGCUACUCCGAAGCUGACAAGCCUCGAUUUGAGUGGGAAUGAGAUCUCGUGGACCAUUGAGGACAUGAAUGAACCAUUUGGUUCAUUAACCCACCUGUGGAACCUUCGUUUAGCAUCAAAUCGUAUUAAGAGCGUCAGUGAGAAUGCCUUCCUGGGGCUCACACAACUACGUAGUUUAGAUCUCAAUCACAAUAAUAUAACAACAAUUCACGAUAGAGCCCUUGUACCUCUAAUGCAACUCAAUGAGUUAGUUCUCAACACAACCAGCCUCUUUUGCGAUUGUAACCUCCAGUGGCUUCGAAUAUGGAUUUCGGAGCAUCCAAAUGUCCUCUCUGGCAAUACAAUCUGCAAUUUCCCCCUAUGGUUGCGACUGAAGCGCUUGGAGGAGUUGCAACCAACAAAUUUUACAUGUAGUGAUAGUCCUAAACCACAAAUUUUGCAACAACCCCACUCCCUGAUGGCGCACAUGGGAUCAAAUAUAACAUUUGAAUGCAGAGCAACAUCAACGGCCAUCCUACCCAUGGAAUUUCAAUGGAAAAAGGAUAAUGUGGAAUUGAGUAUGAAUAUUUACAGAAGAGAUGAAACAAUGGAAAAUCAAAUAGGUGAGCACGAGAAUGCAACAAUUGCAACAUCACGGCUCUUUCUCUUUAACGUAUCCCAUGAGCAUAUGGGGCGCUACCAGUGUGUAGUAAGCAACAGUUAUGGCGUAACUUAUAGCGCUAGGAGUCGCAUAACAGUAGGAAUCUUGCCCGUUUUCCGUAAAGUGCCAUCAAAUGUAACCGUAGCCACGGGUGCAACAGUACGAUUAGAUUGUGCUGCAAGUGGUGAACCUAAGCCACAGAUGGCAUGGCAGAAAGAUGGUGGGAAUGAUUUUCCAGCAGCACGUGAACGUCGAAUGCACGUAAUGCCGACUGAUGAUGCAUUCUUCAUUAUAAACGCCAAGACAAGUGAUCAAGGUGUUUACACGUGUACAGCAGAAAAUGAUGCUGGAAUCGUGAAGGUUAAUGCUACACUCACCGUUCUAGAGCCACCAUCUUUUGUCAAACCAAUGGAAAAUAAGGAGGUCAAACUCGGAACAGCUAGUGUCCUCGAGUGCUUAGCCAGUGGUUCACCAAAGCCACAAUUGGAAUGGACUAAAGAUGGAGCAGCGAUUCUGUCCACAGAAAGACAUUUCUUUGCAGCUGAAGGACAAUUGCUUAUAAUUGUGGGAACACAACUCACAGAUGCUGGCUCGUAUGAAUGUGAAAUACGCAAUGAGCUCGGGGUGACAACAGGUGGGGCCAGACUUACGGUACAAGUACCAUCAGGGAAGGGCCUAGCAGCAGCUAGUGUGAAUGACAUUGUUGGAAUUGUUGUAAUAACAAUUGUUCUGUGUGCCGUCGGGACGUCCAUUGUGUGGGUGGCAAUAAUUUACAAAGCAAAACGAGCUAUUCCCGAAGCAUCAUGCGGACCUGCGGAAGAACCAUCUGCCACGGAAGAACUCGAAGAUGCCCCAAAGCUUGUUGUGAAUAUUCAUGUGAAUCAACUUCAUCGUAUGCUCGACGAACCUGAUUCGUCACCACUAAACAGUUCCUCAACCUUCCAGUAGGUGCAAAAUUGAAGCACCACAGUGUGACCUUCUCCCACAGAGGUCCGUAGAUUAAAAUUUAAAAGAAAAAAAACAAACUGACUGAUGUAUUGUAUUAAAAAACAAAAAUUAAUCGAUAAAUGUAUGUAUGUAAUGUAGAAAUAAAAGUAAUGUUAAAUGACUA